CUCCCCCCUCCGCCUCAGCCUCCGCCUCCCUCCCCUUCCCCCAGGCCCGGAGACCGGCUCCCACAGGCGGCGCCCGGCGGUAGCGGCGGCGUCACGAGCUCUGAUUUGUGUUGCCUUACUCUGUUAUGCUGUGAUGUCACAGCUUCCAUGAAACUGCUUUGGGACAUGCUGGACUAUAAGAGACCAGGUGCAGAAGAACUUAAAAAAUCUAGAUAACGUGGCAGCAAGUUUCUCAAACUCUUAGCUACGAGCUUUAAAAAUGAAUGCAUUUCGAAAAGGCUAAAGGAAACACAGGAAGAUAAUGGGGAAUUCAUAUGCAGGGCAACUGAAAUCUGCCCGCUUUGAAGAAGCUCUUCACAACUCUAUAGAAGCCUCUCUGAGAUGUAGCAGUGUUGUCCCACGGCCAAUCUUCUCACAGCUCUACCUGGACCCUGAUCAGCCUCCUUUCUUGUCGGAAGGUAACCAUGCAAAUGUAAAACCAAAGGUGGAAGAACUGGACAAAGAGUUGGUGCAUCAUUACUCACAGAAUGGAACCCUGGAUUUUUCUAAUAACCAAACUGUUAAUGAAAUGGAAGAUGAAGAGGAAGAUGAAGACAUGUCAGAUUCAAGUAGUCCACCAAUCCCAUAUUCACAAAAACCUGCCCCAGAAGGGUCUUGCACUACUGAUGGUUUUUGUCAAGCAGGCAAGGAUUUGCGGUUAGUAUCCUUGUGUAUGGAACAAAUUGAUAUACCAGCAGGCUUCCUGCUGGUAGGAGCCAAGUCUCCAAAUCUUCCUGAGCACAUUCUAGUGUGUGCUGUUGACAAGCGGUUUUUGCCAGAUGAUCAUGGAAAAAAUGCACUUUUAGGGUUUUCUGGAAAUUGUAUAGGCUGUGGAGAAAGAGGAUUCCGGUACUUCACAGAAUUUUCCAACCACAUAAAUCUGAAACUAACCACUCAGCCAAAGAAGCAGAAGCACUUAAAGUACUACCUAGUAAGAAGCUCCCAAGGUGUACUGUCAAAGGGACCCCUUAUUUGUUGGAAAGCUCCUUCACUUCCAGAGUGUAGAAGCAGGCAAUCAUCUGCUGCUAGCCAUUCUGCUAAACCAAAUUCUUCUGUGUCACCAUCCACAACCCCGGAGGGUGGAUCAGCCAAUGGAUACAAAUCAGGGUUCACUCGGACAGAUUCCUCUGUAUUUAGUCCAACAAAAUCCUCUUCUGCCAUUAAUUUAAGUGGAACUCAAGAUCUGUCCCAGAACAAGAACAUAGUGAAACCACUGGCUUUGUCUGUGCAGCUUGUAGGAAAGACUUUUGCUACAGCUCCCCUGUCACUACGUGCCUCUGACGUUACUAAUGGAAACAGCAGUGGAGGAAGGAAUAAUGUUAUGAGCUCUACACUUUCUCGGCCUAUACCUCAUUCAACUUCCCCCAGCCCUGGUUGUGCUGCUGGAGACCAGGCAUCCAUGUCCAGUUCUGGACCACCAAAGAAACGACACAGGGGAUGGUCUCUUGGGUCACCGGUGCCCCCUCCUGGUUUAGUUGUACCUGUUCCUACGAUUCGGCCUCUAGCAAGGACAGAGCCCCUUUUGUCAGUCCCAGUUCCUCAAUCAAUGUUAACUGGAAUUUUACAGCCUCAACCCAUCCCUGCAGGGGAGACUGUAAUAGUUCCUGAAAACCUGCUGAAUAACUCAGGAGUCAGACCAGUGAUUCUGAUAGGUUAUGGCACUUUACCCUAUUUCUAUGGAAAUGUUGGGGACAUUGUAGUAAGUCCCUUGCUGGUAAAUUGUUACAAGAGUCCACAGCUAGAGAACAAGGAUUUGGAUCUUUUGGGUUUGACUGGCAGUCAGUUACUAACUGUGGAGAACAUGAUUCUUUUAACUAUCCAGUAUCUCGUCCGGCUAGGUCCAGACCAGAUACCACUCAGGGAAGAGUUCGAACAGAUCAUGCUGAAAGCUAUGCAGGAGUUUACACUGAGAGAGCGCUCCUUGCAAAUGAGCACUCAGUGUGUCUCAGUGUCACCAGGUCAGCUCCCUUGGCUUGCUAGGUUAAUUGCCAGUGUAUCUCGGGACAUGGUGCAUGUGGUAAUUACCCAGAAUUCUUUGGCUGAAGGUAUUUCGGAGACUCUGAGAUCCCUCAAUGAAAUGAAACAUCAGCAAAAACUACCAGAUUAUGUUGUUGCAAUUUGCGCAUCCAAGAUUAGAGGAAAUGAGUUCUGUGUGGUAGUUUUAGGUCAAUAUCAGUCUAGAGCCCUAGCAGAGAGUAUGCUUACAACCAGUGAAUUUUUAAAAGAGAUCAGUUAUGAGCUCAUCACAGGAAAAGUUAGUUUCCUGGCAUCACAUUUCAAAAAUACAUCUUUGGGUGAUGAUUUGGACAAGUUGCUAGAGAAAAUGCAGCAUCAGCGAGGAGACAGUGUUGUAAUCCCUUUUAAUGGAGAUGUUAAUGAAUGUGUAUCAUCUCAGGAGGCAGCUGCCAUGGUUUCAGGACAAGAACCAGAUUUGGAUGUUGACACCUUCCAGAUUUACCAGCCACAGCUUACUGUUGCCAGAAAGCUCUUGUCCCAAGUCUGUGCUAUAGCAGACAGUGGCAAUCAAAGUCUGGAUCUGGGCCACUUUAGUAAAGUAGACUUCAUCAUUGUAGUUCCUCGUUCAGAGGUCCUGGUCCAGCAGACUCUUCAACGGAUUCGACAAUCAGGUGUUCUUGUAGACUUGGGCCUUGAAGACAAUGGUUCAGCCUAUCAGAGGGCAGAGAAAUACGUAGUGCGCCUUGACAAUGAGCUCCAAGCUAAGUUUGAAAUUUUUAUGAGGCGGGUAAAGCAGAAUCCAUACACACUGUUUGUGCUGGUUCAUGACAAUGCUCAUGUGGAUUUAACAAGUGCCAUCUCAAGUUCACUGUCACAUGGGGAACCCAGUCAUGGAUUGGCAGAUAGAGUUAUUAAUUGCAGAGAGGUUCUUGAGGCUUUCAAUCUCCUUGUUCUUCAGGUCAGCUCCUUUCCCUACACUCUACAAACGCAGCAGUCCAGGAUAAGCUCUAACAAUGAGGUACACUGGAUACAAUUGGACAAUACAGACGAUGUGGGCAGUGAAGAAAAGCUGUAUUUUGGCUUAACUGAAUAUAGCAAAUCUCUACAAUGGGGAAUCACAAGUCCCCUGCUGAGAUGUGAUGAAACAUUUGAAAAAAUGGUGAACACACUCUUGGAAAGGUACCCCAGGCUGCACAGCAUGGUGAUUCGCUGCUACCUUCUCAUUCAGCAGUAUUCACAAGCUUUGAUGGCCCUCACAACCAUGGCCUCACUUAGAGACCAUAGUACACCUGAGACCCUCAGCAUCAUGGAUGAUCUCAUCACUUCACCAGGAAAGGAUAAAAAUGGUUGUGGCCACAUGCUUAUUAUUAGAGUUCCUUCCUUGCAGCUGGCAAUGCUGGCAAAAGAGAGAUUGCAAGAAGUGCGAGACAAAUUGGGUCUGCAGUAUCGUUUUGAGAUCCUUCUUGGGAAUCCUGCUUCGGAGCUCUUGGUUGCCAAGCACUUUGUGACACGGUUAAAGGCUUGGAGAGGCAGUGAACAGGAUGACUGGGUUCCUCAUACCUACCAGGAUUUAGAAGGUCUACCUUGCAUUGUCAUUCUAACUGGCAAAGACCCUCUAGGAGAGACUUUCCCCAGGUCAUUGAAAUAUUGUGACCUACGACUAAUUGACUCAAGCUUUUUAACUCGCACUGCCUUAGAGCAAGAAGUGGGCCUGGCAUGCUGCUACGUCUCAAAAGAGGCAAUUCGAGGGCCUGUUGUAGCUCUUGACCUUAGUGAGAAGGAGCACGAAAAGGCUAAUGUUAGUGAAAAUGACUCUGAUGAACUGCUGAUCGACUUGGAGAGACCCCAGAGUAAUAGCAGUGCAGUUACUGGAACAUCAGGUUCUUUAGCUGAAAAUGGUGUGAGCUCCUCCAGUGCUGCAGACAAGUCUCAGAAACAACCAGCAUCCCUUAACUUUCAGCAUGUAGCCCAUAGUUCAGUGGAUGAAGGAACUUACCCUGGCUUUACAUCUGGGGAGACUCUGAAACAAGAAUGUGACUCUCUGGGCAACCAGAUGGCAAGCAGCACCACUUCUAAGUUCUCGUCCUCGUCCUCCGCAUCCCAGACAUUUCGGUGGCCUAGCCAGUCUGCCAAGGAGGGCAAGACCCUACGUGCUGCACUGCCACGCAUUGUUAUAUUGUCUAAAGCUGCCUAUUGUCUCCUUAGCUCACAGAAAAAUGGGCACUUGCCUUCCUCCUCUUCUCUCUUGCCUCAUGCUGAUGUGUCUUGGCUGAGCUCUUUGAGGUCUGUGCUUCACAAGGACAUGAAUAGUGACGAACAGUCUCUCUACUACAGACAGUGGACCACAGCCAGGCAACAUCAUGCAGAUUACAGUAAUCAGGGCGAAACUGCUGGUUCCAGGAAUUUCCACCCACGACGACUGCUUUUGACAGGACCCCCUCAGGUGGGAAAGACUGGCUCAUACUUGCAGUUCCUCAGGAUUCUCUUUCGCAUGCUGAUCAGGUUACUGGAGGUUGAUGUGUAUGAUGAAGAAGAAAUUAACUGUAAUCAUGCAGAAAGUAGUGAAGUCACUCAGUCUAACAAUGAUCACUGGCCUGAUAUUGAAAUCUUCAGUAAAAUGACCUUUGACCUGAGUGUGCAUGACCCCAAAUACAGUUCCAUAAGUCCAGUGUAUGCAGAGCAACUGUCAAGAGUAAAACAAGAAAACAAUAAAGAAACUAAAAUUGAGGAGCCCAGAAAAAGAGAGACAGUGUCCAUGAUGUUGACCAAAUAUGCAGCUUACAAUACAUUUCAUCAUUGUGAACAGUGCCAUCAGUACAUGGAUAUUAAUCCUGCUGCACAGAUAUCUGACUCCACCUUGCAUGCUUUCACAUUUUCAUCUUCAAUGUUAGGAGAAGAGGUUCAACUUCAUUUUAUAAUCCCCAAGUCCAAAGAGAACCAUUUUGUCUUCAGCAAGCAGGGAAAGCAUCUGGAAAGCAUGCGUCUCCCUCUUGUAUAUGACAAGCAGAAUCUGAAUGCAGUAAAGAGUCCUAUCUUCACUCCUUCUAGCGGUCGCCAUGAGCAUGGCCUCUUGAACCUUUACCAUGCUAUGGAAGGCAUCAAUCACCUUCAUCUCCUAGUGGUCAAGGAGUAUGAAAUGCCACUCUACCGUAAAUACUGGCCCAAUCAUAUCAUGCUAGUCCUGCCAGGCAUGUUCAACAAUGCUGGAGUGGGUGCUGCCAGAUUCCUUAUUAAGGAACUUUCCUACCACAAUCUAGAACUGGAAAGAAACCGCUUAGAAGAACUAGGAGUUAAACGGCAAUGUGUCUGGCCAUUUAUUGUCGUCAUGGAUGACUCGUGUGUCUUAUGGAAUAUGCAAGGUGUCCAAGAACAGUCCAGCCAGUCCAUGGAGCCAGGGGCGACCAGUAAGAAUGUAUCUUUGAAGAGUGUUCUACAGCACAUUGAAGCCACACCAAAAAUUGUUCAUUAUGCAAUCCUGGGUAUUCAGAAAUGGAACAGCAAGUUGAAUUCCAGGAAAUCAAAAGCUCCAUUCUCCAGGUGCCAUGUGCAUGACUUCAUACUGCUCAACAUAGACCUGACCCAGAAUGUGCAAUAUGAUCUAAACAGGUACUUCUGUGAAGAUGUAGAUUUCAACCUGAGAACAAACAGCAGUGGCCUGCUAAUCUGCCGCUUUAACAACUUCAGUGUCAUGAAGAAACACAUUCAAGUUGGAGGGCAAAAGGACUUUGUCAUUAAGCCAAAAAUUAUGGUAUCUGAAAGCCUGGCUCCAAUAAUGCCUCUUCAGUAUGUCUGUGCUCCAGACAGUGAACACACACUUCUGGCUGCCCCGGCUCAGUUCCUCCUGGAGAAAUUCCUUCAGCAUGCAACUUACAAACUUUUCCCAAAGGCGAUCCAUAAUUUCAAGAACCCUGUACUGGCAAUUGACUGCUAUCUGAACAUUGGAGCUGAGGUGGCCAUAUGCUAUGUCAGUUCCCGCCCGCACUCUGUCAAUGUCAACUGUGAGGGGGUGUUUUUCAGUGGACUGCUGUUGUACCUCUGUGACUCUUUUGUAGGUGCAGACCUUCUGAAGAAGUUCAGAUUCUUGAAAGGUGCCACCUUGUGUGUCAUAUGCCAAGACAGAAGUUCAUUACGCCAAACAAUAGUCCGUUUAGAGUUGGAAGAUGAGUGGCAGUUCCGUCUCAGAGAUGAGUUUCAAACUGCCAACAGCAGUGAUGACAAACCACUCUAUUUUCUGACUGGGCGUCACAUUUAAGUCGGAGAGGAGACCAAGUAACAAAGGGAAAAAGAACUUGACAGUUUGGGUUUUUGUUUGUUUGUUUUGUUCUUUUAAAGUACAAUCACUGUGGAGCAAAGUGCAACCAUUAUUUAUCUAGACUACUCUAAAGGAUUCCCCAAAAAUUUAAACUAGGUUUUUUUUUAGGCAUAAACAUCACUUUGGUUAUGAUUAAAGGAUCUUGGAGUCGAGAUGAUUCCUCAUCAAUUGACAUAUGUGACUAACAAUAUAUAUCAGCUAUGUUCUGUGAUUACAGGAGUAGGACAUAUUUUGCUUAAUCAAGAGGGGUUUUUUUGUACUAUGCUAAGCUAGGGGAAAAACUGCCUUCAGCAUCCACUAGCCUGAAUGUUACCUGACUCUCACUAGUCAUGUGGAAUUCAUUGAAGAUAACAUGCUGAGGAGAGCCCUCCAUUUCUCUUCAGAUCUGUACUUUGGUACAGUAAUACUCAGGGGUUUGAAAUUACAAAGUAACUUAGAUAUUUGUAUUAAAAGGAAUAGUCUUGUUCUCUUGGUGCAGUGUUAGUUUAAGAUUUGUAAUUAUAUAUGUAUUGAAACUCUUUGGCAAAUUUUCCACAGGAGUUAAAGUUUACUACUUAAACCCGAACAAAUCAGUAAAUGCAUGGCAGGUAUUGUACACGCAGGUUCUCUACAUUAUUUCACCUCUUUAAAAGUCUGCUCUGUGGGUAGAAUAACUGGCUACGAUAAUGAAAAGAAAAAGAUUUCUUAUGCAUAUUGUCCCUUCAGUUAGUCAUGAAACACCAGCAACAUUACUCAAAUUGUCAUUACUGUCAAAGGUUUUGCUGGGUUUUCGGUUGUAGCCACGUUGAUCUAAGGACACAGGUCAGCAAGGUUCUUUGGGUAGAUGUGAUAGCUUUUAUUAGACCAGCUGUGUAGUUGGAAAAAAGUUCUUAGCCAGCUUUGAUGAAGGGUGAGUAGGCCCAAAAACUUGCUAAGAGCUUUUAUUAGACCAACUGCUAGUUGGAAAAAAGUUAUCACAUCUACCCAAAGAACCUUACUUGCCUAUGUCAAAGGCUUUAAAAUUGGUGAAACCACCAUUUACGUAAUACAGGCAAAUAUCUUCAUGCAUCAACUCCUGUCAGCACAGGUUGCAAUGCAGUUAUUCUGGGUGUCCUGCCUUAGAGUGCACAUGCUGAGGUUAAAAAAUUGUUUUACCUAAGUCCAAAGUCACCUGCCCACCCAGUGGUGAAUAAAGCAUUCAAACAGGGUGACAAGGUACAGAAACCAGGCACAGUAUUUAAAGCAAGCCAAAACAGGGUUGGGUAAUGGCUGACAAUGUUUUUCUGGCGCCGAGGCAGUCCAGCAGUAGGACCUAGCUGUCAUUGCUGCUGCUUCCCCCACCACCUGGCCACACUGCAGCAUGGGUGAAGCUCUUGGGCAGCUGGUCCUAGCAGGGGUAAAUAAAGCCCCCUGCCACCUGAGCCCCACCCAUCUGUAGGCUGGAUCCAAUGGCUGUGCAGGCCCCAGGUUGCUGACACCUGGGGUAGAGUAUGAUAACUUGGGACUUUGCCUAACCAACCAAAAAAUCAUUUCCAAGUGAGCUGGGACCAUUUGCAAGAGAAUCUGCUCAUAAUCCAAAUGACAGAGUUGAAUACAGUGCCUGAAAUAAGCUGCUCUCUUAUUAUGAAUACUGAACUUCUGUAAAUAUUGGUUGUAGUGAUAUUUGUACAUUUCUUUCAUUUUAAAACAUUACUCCCUUCAAUUUACUAUUGGGCUGUUCUAGAAUGAAAUUGGUGCGUUAAUGGUUGGCAUCAGGGUUUACAUCAUAAUGGCAUCAGUUUUACUAGUACAAUUAACAUUUGUAGUAUUCCCUAUUUGUGAUUACUCAAAUGAUUACAUAUUUUGCAUUCUCUAAAUAUAUCCCCCCAUACACUUUCUUUCUAUCCUCUUACCAAGAUAUAUAUAGCACAUUUUGUAAGAUGGUAAAUCAGUAAUACUCAUUCCCUGCUUUACAUUUUUAUGAAGUUAUGACGGACUUUAUAGUUGACCUGCAACUCAACCAGGAAGGGCCUGCCAAAACUGCAUUUUGAACAAAGUGUUAAGCAACUUCUUUCGUCUUUUGAAAAGAUGUUUACAGAUAAUGAAAAAUGUAAUAUAUUUAGACUGAAGCCAGAAGGGAAAGGCUUUGCAUAUGUUGGUUUUAAUAUACCUUAACUGUGAUGCUGUAAAUGUAGUAAAUGACCCACCCUCUUUAGAUUUGUUUUUAAUUGUCCUUCAUACAAGAUCUGCCUUAUGAUUUUAAAAUAUACUUUGAAUUUGGCAAAAUUAAAAGAUCCAGAGAUAUUACUUGAAGCUUUUGUUAUACACCUAAAUGUAGAUCUGAUUUUGCUAGAAAGGCUUACUGUUGACUGAAUAACUUUGAGAUAUAGCAUGGUGUAAGUUUCAGAAAUUACCUGUAUUCUGCAAACCUGAAGAUAUAAAAUGUUCUAAAUUGUUUCCUAUAUGUUUGCACUAAGUUCUUAAAAUUCCAGUGCUAAGACUACUAAUGUGAUUUAGUCCUGUGGUGAAGUCAUGGUGCAAAAUUGCCCUCAAAGUCAAGAAUGAAAUCAGAAAGUCAGUGUAUCUACCUUCCGUUACCAAACAAGAACAACUGAUUUCCAUAACACUAUCUCCAGUGCAGAAGAAAGGGUUUUUUGGCAGCGUAUUUUUGUAUUCUUGAUAUGUUAACACUACAGCACCAGAUAGUUACAAGAAUCCUAGGCCUGCCUGCCUGAAAAAUAUAGCUUGCUGUCACUGACUACAAGGGAAGGAGACGGUUAUUUGACACCCAGAGUACUGCUAUUUUGUUUUGGUUUUAAGCCUUACCAUCUAGGCCACUCUUAUGAAUGUAUUACAUAGGCCAGCAUUAUACUUUACCUGUAGACAUGAAUGUCCAUUCACAGGUUAAUACUGAAUGUAAACUAAGAUUUUAAUGAAAAUCAUAUUCAGAUAUGUCUUGCUGUUACUUAUGCAAUUGCUUUUUAUGGCUUUUGGAAGGGGGUAAAAGUGUUGCUUUCUUAGUGUACAAUUUUUCUUAAAAAACUUGGUGAAUUUAGCUUCACUAGUCAGUCUACCUCACAUUUUAUUGUUUAUGAUUAAAAUUGUCUGCAGUUGUGGCUACAAGUAUGUUUAUAAUGUGCUUUCAUUAAAUUUGAAUAUAUUAAAGUUGUUAUGUAAGUCUGCAUUUUCUUCAGACUUGUCAGCUUGAUAGAAUAGGAGUGUAAAGGAUUUCCUUAUGUUAUACUCUUUCAAUAAAUAAUCUUAAAUUUGCUCA